AUGGAUUUGCCGAAGCUUACACCCGAGGAGAUGGCGGAGGAUAGGUCGGCUACCGUUAUCGGAGUGGUGACGAUGUGUUUCGUCCUCUCAACCUUCUUCCUGGUCCUUCGGUUAUGGACCCGAAUACAUGUCGUCAAGUCAACUGGGCCGGACGACUGGGCCGCAGCAUUCUCUUUGAUACCGGUUCUAGGCUGCGGAAUCGCCAUCGCAACAAUGACGCGAUACGGCCUUGGAAAGCACAUUCAGACGGUAUCUGUGCCUGAGUAUGUCGAGUUUACCAAGUGUUUUUGGGUCUCUGUCGUUUUCUAUGGCCUAGGACAUCUAUCUUUCAAAAUGGCGUUCCUCCUCCAGUACUACCGCGUCCUAGCCUCGGGCCACAUGCGGAAAUUCUAUAUUGCUGCUAUGGUCCUCGUGACAGCUUGGGGAGUUUCUGUUGUCAUCAUGUCGCUGGCAUUUUGCACACCCAUCGCUGGGUUCUGGGACCACAGCAUUCCUGCGAAGUGCCUGUCCCAGCAGGUUCUCUAUUACGUCUUCGGAGCCUGCAGCAUCAUCACCGACGUCAUCAUCUUCUUGCUUCCAUUGCCAGCCCUGAUGAAGCUUCAGCUCCCUCGUUCUCAGAAAUGGUACCUGUUGGGGAUCUUUAGUCUCGGAUUCUUCAUCGUCGCCAUCUCUGUCUUCCGUCUGCAGUUCCUCAAUAUCCAAGCAGACUUCACGUACUGGAACGUAAAGCCCGCGCUAUGGUCGAUGGGCGAGUUGUCGGCAGCCAUGGUGUGCCUCUGCCUCCCGCCCCUCAAGGCCCUCCUCGCCAGGAUGGGUCUGGUCGUCGCCACCAGACAGGCUGUGUCCUCGAACAACCGGAACAGCCGCAACUUCGGACCCACGCCAUCGAGCGUGGCGCAGUCUGCCACUGGCAAGACAUUGGAGACCAGCCAGACCAACUCACCUGGGGAGAAGCCGUCGGCUUUUGGAAACUUUGUCGUGGAGAGUGAGAGAGAUCGCAGCGAGCAGAGUACAUCAUCUUCAUUGCCUCCUGUAUGA